AUGGCCGAUCAUACUUCACUCUACGUAUACCCCGUCAAAUCAGUUGUCCUGCCAAAACGGCUCCAUAGAUUCCUUUCGUAUCAUGUCGCGGAUCCUAUUUUAGACGCAACUACUAGAGAAUAUCAUCAAAUAAUUGAAGUUUUUCAUCCCAAGCUUGCUCUACCGCUGAACUUAGGGAAGGAAGUUGUGAUACAACUCUUCCAAAUUAUGGUCCUUCCAUUCCUACGUCGUCAAAAAUCUUUUGAUAAGGACACUUGCGUCUUCUCUUAUAUCUCAAUAGUCGCGCAUACCGAGCACGAGAAACCUUAUCCUACUCGAUCUUUAGUGCUCCCUCAAAAUGUCAAAAAAUACAUUGCCAUUUACGAUGAUCCCAAUAUGAUAUUCGAUGCCACUGUCAAAGAAAUUUUUACGAUGAUAGACGUGUUCUUUCCACAACUGCAAAUUCCUCGAUUUGUCAAUCAAGAAACUAUCAGGAGCAUCUUCGAUAUCAUUGUCCUCCCAUUUUUUCACCGCUUUGUGGAUCAUAACAAGGAUAGUGGCUAUAUCCGUUUUCUCACCGUCGAAGUUCUUCCUCUCAGCCGACCAGAAAAGGGUCCAAUUAAGGCUGUCACACUUCCAGUCAGCCUGCAUAGCCUUCUAGUAUAUUUAGGCCCAGUCAGCGUCCUCGCUGAACCUACCAAUCAGCAAAUCCAUCAGAUCCUUCACAUCUUUCACCCUCACCUCAGCGAGUAUUGGGAACUCAACAGAACUGGUAAAAGCAUGAUGCCAGUCUUCAAUCUGAUGGUCUUACCCUACCUUCGCCAUGCCCUGUCAUUCAACUUUCAUGAUAACAAAUUGACGUACUGCGCCGUUGAUCUUUCAAAUUAA